CAUGAACCAUUUCCAAAGAUGGUCAUGAAGACCGACGUGUCUGUUUUCAGCCACAAUUUUGGUCCUUGCCUCCUAUUUAUCCAAAUCCUGGAAUAGCACAGUAUUCUCCCGCAUUAGUUGCUCCUUCCGUGCGGGAAAUAAGUACUCGGAAGCACCACCCAAUAUCGAAUAAAUGCUUCCCUCAAAACAUUAACUUAUCUUGUGUCGAGACUUUCCUUUACAGGCUUUCCCUGUGUGCUUUUUGGAGUACAAAUAAGUCGACUCUCGUACUACGUCUAGACACCAUUUGAGAAUCUUCUGAAAUCCAUCCAGAAGUUCGAUUAAAAUGGUAUCAUCUUUCAGGAUUCUGACCAUUGCAGCAUUUCUGCUUGUGACCGAAGCUACACCAUUGUGAGAAUCAUUCCAUAGUAGCCUACCCGCAAUGAUCACUAACAUAAAUAAGACUUAAGAAAAAGGGGUUGAGCUUCGACUACAAUGGCGGCAAGGUUCGUGGAGUCAAUUUAGGAGGAUGGUUUGUGCUCGAGCCUUGGAUUACUCCAUCGCUCUUUUAUGGAUCAUGGGUGGAUGAGUGCGUACCUUCGAACGAUGGCCACCUCUAGACAUUCUCUGACAUUUUACUCAUUUCAGGUACACCCUAACUCAAACACUUGGGAAAUCCGCUGCCCAAGGCUUAUUGAACGCGCAUUGGGCAACUUGGAUCACGCAAGACGAUUUUAAUGAGAUUGCAAGUGUCGGCUUGAAUCAUGUUCGCAUACCCAUUGGGUAUUGGGCUUUGAACCCGCUACCUGGCGAUCCUUAUGUGCAGGGACAGUUGACAUACCUAGACCAAGCUAUCGGCUGGGCAAGACAAGCUGGGUUGAAAGUUAUUCUAGAUGUUCAUGGUGGUGAGAUAUAUUUUGCAACCAAGUAAAGAUCGUCGCUAACCCGUGAAUAGCCCCAGGAAGUCAGAAUGGGUUUGUUGGAUAUAGCGAGAACAGUUGGUAGUAUCAAAGGCUAACUGUGUAUAGAUUCGAUAAUUCUGGACGAAAAGGACCCAUCACUUGGACCCAAGGAGAUACUACCAAACAAACAUUGGCUGCCAUACAAACCUUGGCAUACCGCUAUGCUCCAGCGACUGAUGUUGUUACCGGAAUCGAGCUUCUCAAUGAGCCAGCUAACUGGGCCCUUGAUAUGGGUGCAGUGAAGCAGUUCUACUACGAUGGCUGGGGGAAUGUGAGAAACGCAAACCCCGAUACUGCUGUUGUCAUUCAUGAUGCGUUUCUUUCCCCGCCUUCAUGGAAUGGGUUCAUGAACUAUCAAUCUGGAGUCAAUGAUAUCAUUCUCGAUACCCAUAUUUAUCAAAUAUUUUCCUUUGCGGAGGUGGCAAUGAGGCCUUGUCAACAUGUUCAAGUUGCAUGCAGUCAAGUUGGCAACUUGGCCAACACAGAUAAAUGGACAAUCGUUGGAGAAUUCAGCGGAGCACAAACAGACUGCGCAAAAUGGCUGAAUGGCUUUGGUGUUGGUUCUCGAUACGAUGGAUCAUAUCCCGGCAGUCCUGCAGUGUACGGAUCUUGCCAGACGAAAGAUGUAGGAACGGUUGAUGGUCUACUUGCCACCGACAAAGUCAAUCUUGCAUAUUUCAUGGAGGCACAGCUUGAUGCCUAUGAAGCUCACUCGGGCUGGGUGUUCUGGACAUGGAAGACGGAAUCGGCUCCCGAGUGGCACUUUCAGAACUUGACGAGAGCGGGAUUGAUACCGCAGCCUCUGACGAGCAGAAAAUACGGGAAGCAAUGCGCGACUUCAGCCUGUUUGAUACCAGGUAACUGAAGGUUGUCAGGCCGGCUCCACGGGCAACUACCCAACACCUUUCUUUGGAGAUUUAACAGCAGGCAUAGGGUUGGAUGAUGUUCAUAGAUACGAAGAUUUGGAAGAUGCUAUUUGUUGCGAAUUUCUACGAUGCAAUAACGAUACCCCUUCAUUCGCUCGGGAAAGUUAGGAGGAAGAUAUAUCCUAGUCGUUGGUGAUGGAACGAAGAUUUAGAGUACAAGAGGUGCAAAAGAGGGUAAAAUAUUAGUGCAACAAUUAGUCAACGCCUUGGGUCAUGUAUUACCUUGGCCCAAGCCGGUGGAAAUCAUGUGGUCUAAUUAUAAGUCAAUGAGAAAUGACGAAUAGAAACAUUUAAUAAAA